CUUCGGUCCAGGGAGCCCCAAAGGAGGUGGUGAACCCCUCUACUGGGCGUGCCAGUCUCCUGGAGUCCAUCCGCCAGGCCGGUGGCAUUGGGAAGGCCAAUCUCCGCAGCGUCAAGGAGAGGAAGCUGGAGAAGAAGAAGCAGAAGGAACAAGAACAAGUGAGAGCUACGGGGCAAGGUGGAGAUUUGAUGUCGGACCUCUUCAACAAGCUGGUGCUGAGGCGCAAAGGUAUUUCGGGGAAGGGGCCGGGAGCCUCCGCCAAUGCCGAUGCUUCCGCCAGUCCUGUUGGGGCCUUCGCUCGCAUGUCGGACUCGAUACCGCCUCUCCCACCCCCCCAGCAGCCUGCGGGCGAGGAGGACGAGGAUGACUGGGAGUCUUAG